GCAUCCAAAGUCCUCAGCACUACAUAUCCAAACGCAAUCAUGACAGUAACCGAAGCUGUAAAGUCCGCCAUUGGACUCUCUGGUGCUCCAUCUACAAGCGCAACCCGAGAACAAAUGAGCGAAGCCCGAUUACCUAUCGCAUAUCGUGAUGGAUGUGCCGGUCUAUUGAUUCCCCUCAAUCGUUGUCGGCAGGAGGAAUAUUAUCUUCCAUGGAAGUGUGAGCAAGAGAGACAUUCCUACGAAAAAUGCCAAUACGAUGAGUUUAAAAAGAGAGUUGCAAAGAUGGACGAAUUGAGAGAGGCCAAGGAUGGUGCAAGAAGCAAUUGAUAUGGGAGGGGCGAUCAUGAAUCAAUGGAUGUGUACAUAUGGCAUGGAAUGGAAUACAAGUUUGCAUGAUAUCGGUAUGGACCA